CUUCAGCAGCAACAUCAGCAGCAGCAGCAGACCAGGACGUCCCCGACCCAGCAGGGCGGAUACAUGCCCAUCGCGCCUGCGCCCGUCCCCGCCGGGGCGCAGGCGCCCGGCUCGCCGCACGUAGGCAUGAAGCGCAAGGCGUCGGAGACCCCCGCGCCCGCCCGGACGUCGACGCCUGCGUCUGGGAACAUUCCCCUCGCGGGGGCGGGCACGCCCGGGCCGCAGAUGGCGCGCACGUACAGUGCGACCGGGAUCGCGGGCAUGGGGAUCACGGGCAACGUCGGCCCCGCGCAGCAGCAGGGCCUCAGCCAGAACUCUUCGGCGUCGUCGUUGAUGGGCGGGGCGGGAGGCGGGAUGAUGCCUCCCCCGGUCCUCCCGCGCCAGGGGCAAGCGGGCGACGGGAUGAACAUCGGGAUGGGCCUGCGCUCGACGAUGCCCGGCCAGGCGCAGAACGUGAACGCGAACCUCGUACCGGGCGUCGGCGCUGGAUCUCCGAGUGCCUCCCUGAAUUUGGGCGGGCUGGACGGCGGGAGCGCGGUCGGGCCCGUCCCGCCGCAGACCCCGAGACAGAACUCGUUGCCUCCCGCCGCGGCGUCGCCUUACCAGCAGAUCGGCUCGCCGGGCGUGAAUGUGCCCGGGAUGAUUGGCGGGACGCCGACGAAGCCGGUUGUUGUGAAGCCGGGCACGUCGCCCGCGCCGACCGUCUCCCCCGCGCAGCAGCAGCAGCAGCAGACGGUGACGGUGACGAAGACGCAGAUCGUGCCGCAGCUGCCGCCGCUCCCGGCGACGGUGCAGCUCGAGCAGAAGGUGACGCAGGUGUCGGUCGUGCCGCUCGCGGACUCGGAGAAGGCGAUCCCGCCGCUGAGCGCGGAGGAGAUCGCGCGGGUGCAGGCGUGGCAGCAGGCGGACAGGGACUACGAGGUGCGGCGCAAGAAGAUGCUGGAACGGGUACAGGAGGAGAUGAAGAAGACGGUGAGCGCGCCGCGCGCGUGGUGGGAGAAGGACUUCAGUCUGGGGGGCGUCGGGGAGGAGCAGCUGAAGCGGCGGAGGGGGGACAAGUGGACUCUGACGGGGCUGAAGGCGCAGAAGGAGAGGGAGAUGAAGGACAAGAAGCGGAUGGGGAAGAGGGAGGGGCUAAGGCUGCCGAGGAGGAUAUCGGACGAGGACGCGCAGCGGCCGGAGCAGCUUGUGCCUAUCCGGCUCGAGUUCGACGUCGAGCAUCACAAGAUGCGCGAUACGUUCGUGUGGAACCUCAAUGAUCCAAUCAUCACUCCGGAGGUUUUCGCUCAGUCCGUCGUGGAUGACUACCAACUCACCCCAAGCUACCACGCCAUCAUCACCAAGUCCAUCCAGGAGCAACUCAGCGACUACAAGGCGCAUUCGGCGACAUUCGGCGAAGACGGUGCCAUGAUUGACGAAGCGGAGGACAUCAUGCACGGCAAGUUUUCAGAAGCGGAGGCGGCGUGGUGGGAGGCCUGGCGGAAGCGCGUCCGUUCGAGAGCGCUGUACAAGCUGCCUAAUCCGCCAGACCCCCGCACUCGCAAGCGGAGAAAGGUCGUUAAGGACGAGACAGUCGAGCAGCCGACUGCGGCAGUACCCCCUAGUGGCGACGUCCCGAUGACGGUCGACGACUUUGAAGAGGACGAGAAUCUGAUGCAUGAAGAAAUGCGUAUCUUGGUCAAGCUGGACAUCAUCGCCGGCUCGUACAAGCUUGAAGAUCAGUUCGAAUGGGAUCUCGAGAACGUCGAUCCAACGCCCGAGCAGUUUGCUGAGAUCUACUGCAAAGAUCUCGGCCUCGGUGGCGAGUUCAAGACGGCGAUCGCGCACUCUAUCCGCGAGCAAGUGCAGAUCUAUCAGAAAUCGCUAUUCCUCGUGGGCCACCCGUCCGAUGGUUCUGCGGUGCAAGACGAUGAUCUUCGCAUGUCGCUCCUGCCUUCGCUUAUCUCCGGCGCCCGCUCGAUGGAGCAAGUCAGUGCGUUCACGCCGCAGCUCAACUAUCUUAGUGAGAGCGAGCUGGAGAAGAACGAGAAGGACCGCGAGAAGGAGCUCGCACGUCGAAAGAGGAAGACGACUCGUGGAAGGCGUGGCGUGGCGCUCCCAGACCGCGAGCCUCCCAAGACUUACCGCACCCCGGCCAUUGGCUUCCCCGAGAUCUCCCCUGCGGCUCUUGCUCUCGCUGCCGCGGCUGCGGCGCCGACGUCUCGUCGCGCGGCUGCUGCGGCUGCGUCGCUCACUAUCGCGAGCAUGGUCGCGUCGGAGAACAGAGACGACAGAGACGGUGCUCUAAUACUCCCGCAGACCCCAAUAACGCCCAUCGCACCUGCCGCCGUCGCCACUCCUGCGCCUCCCAAGGAGAAAAAGGCCAAGGGUCUCUUCAAGCCGCCCUCAUAUCCAUCCACCGUCCUUCGUCCUCGCGCGAAUGUCAAGGCUCCAACGCCGUCGACUGCCGCAGACUCUGCACACCUCCCGCCGCCAAUAGAAAACGACCUCCCUGCUCCGAGUAGUAGUGGCAUUGACAGGCAAGGGUCGAAGGUCAUGCUCACUGCCAAGCGCGCGAAGGAGCUUGAGCGGGAGGCCAAAGAGAAGGAGUAUGCUGAUGGGCAGCAUGCGAACAUGAUCGACGGGGUGUGGCACUGCUCGAACUGUGGUUGCCCCGAGAGCAUCGCCGUCGGACGUCGCAAAGGUCCGUUGGGUGAUAAGUCACAAUGUGGAACGUGUGGCAAAUAUUGGCACAGGCAUCGACGGCCACGACCUGUUACAUACAAUUCGAGUUUGGAGUACCACAUGGGCCUCAUUCGCGCGGAAGAGCAGCAGAAGUCCUCUUCCAAGCGGAAGCGUCCGCAGUCCAGUGUCGUCGAGGAGGCCAAGUCUCAGGUCGUAGAUGAUGAAGACAUGGACACCCCUGCUCCAGCGCCCCCAAAGUCGAAGGCGGGCAAGGAAACCUCCGCCGCUCCAGAUGGUGUGCUUGCCGAGCUUCCAGAGACGGCUGUUUCUCCUGUGUCGACGGCGUCGAGUGGAUCCGAGCCGCCCCUUUCGCAUCGUAUCAAAGUGAACGGGGCACACUCGAAGUCGGCUCCUCCUGGGCCGCCAGAGCCGGUGGUCAAGCAGGAGUCCACUAAUGCGACAGGCGUUGUAUCGCCUCCGGCAGCCUCCCCUCCCCGCCUUGCGCCCUCUGCGCCUCCCACUCAAAACCCACC